AUGACCCUAUUCGGCUACGAUCAGGGCGUGUUUGGUGGCGUCGUCGUUACAGAUGACUACCUUGUCGUCCACAAUCUGAAAGGCCCUGAGCACUCCGAUAUCCUCGGGACAAUCACCGCUAUCUAUGAUGUCGGCUGUUUCUUUGGGGCUAUCGCAGCCUUCUCACUCGGUGAGAGGCUUGGUCGACGGAACUCGGUACUCCUUGGGACAACAGUCAUGUCAAUUGGCGCAAUUCUUCAAAUAUGCUCCUAUAGCAGGGGUCAGAUGAUCGCAGGUCGAAUCAUCGCGGGUCUGGGCAAUGGCAUGAAUACAGCUACUGCACCUGUGUGGCAGGCUGAGACUUCGCAAGCCCAUUGGAGAGGCAAACUGAUUGUCAUUGAGUUGAUUUUGAACAUCGCCGGCUUCUCGCUCAGCAAUUGGGUCACGUAUGGUUUCUCCUUUGUCAAUGGCCCAGUAUCCUGGCGUUUGCCUCUGGCCUUCCAGUUCAUAUUCAUUUUCGUACUCUUUGCAACUGUCCCAUGGCUUCCAGAGAGUCCUCGAUGGCUGAUAGCCCACGGACACAUUGACGAGGCAGACCAGAUCAUUGCCGAUUUGGAAGCCAAAGAUGUGAUGGAUCCAUUCGUCAUCACCGAAUCCAAAGAGAUUCAGAAAGCGGCAGAGUACGAACGGGAGCAUGGCGUAAGCUGGAUAGAUCUGAUCAAAGGCAAAUCAGCACCAGGCACGUGUACUAUUCGGAGGUUACUUCUUGGUGGUGGCGCGCAGGCCAUGCAGCAAUUAGCUGGAAUAAACGUCACCUCAUACUACUUACCAACAGUCCUGAUCCAGUCCGUGAAGCUCGACGAGAAGCUAGCUAGGCUCCUUGCAGCUUGCAAUAGCCGAUGGGGUCGUCGCAAGAUGAUGAUAUAUGCUGCUACUGGUCAAGCCGUUUCAUACGCCCUGAUUACUGCUCUCCUGCGUUACAGCGAGAAGGAAGGGUACCCACAUCAGAAGGAAGUCGCCUCAGCAUCAAUCACAUUUUUCUUCACGUAUUAUAUCUUCUUUGGUAUUGGGUUUCAGGGCGUGCCAUGGCUGUAUCCGACGGAAAUCAACUCGCUUGCAAUGAGAACCAAAGGUGCCGCCGUAGGAACUGCUUGCAAUUGGAUCUUCAACUUUAUGGGUAUCAAGACUCUGGGAUGGAAGUUCUAUAUUAUCUGGACAGUCUUCAACACUUCUUUCAUACCCAUUGUCUAUCUUUUCUACCCUGAAACGGCAGGCCGCACUCUCGAAGAUAUUGAUCGUUUCUUCCGCGAAAACAACAAUAUUCUUGUCUUUACGGACAAAACAGCAACUCAAUCGACGCGUCCGCAAGCAUACGUUGAAUAUCAACAAGGUGAAAUUCGUCGUAAUAGCAGCGUUAUCUCUGCGGAUCCGCGAGCGAUGGAGAAGAUGAGGCAGCGAGUCGCUGACGCAAACAAGGAUAUUGAUGCCGAAGAAAAGGAGACUGGCGGUUAUCUUCGCAAGGAGAUCUCUUGA